GAAACAGAUACAGACGAAGAGAGGAAGAGCGAACGAAAGCACAGAAAUUUUGCAGUUGCAUUUCGCCUUUGAAGCAAGGGUUUCUCCAGGGGUGCUUUUAUUCCAUGUUCUUGCUUUGAGGAAAAUUGUGUCAUUUGUAUUUCAAGCAUAGCUAGAUGGAGAAACAUGAAGCUUCAUACCUUCCAAGGAUUAGAAAGAAAUAUAGCAUCGAAGUGGAUAAAUCAAACAAGGUAACUACUGUGGAGCUGCGAGCACAAUGUGUUCUCCAGUCCUUUUUAGACAGGGAUGAUGAUGAGAGUGAGGAAUGGGAACUUGACGAAUUUGUUUCUUUAAGCCGUUACAAUGAUGAGAAAGAACGGCCAAUUGAAGAUCCAGAUAUGGAUUCAUUGGGGAAGUCUGUGUCAAAGUCAUCUUCUGAUAGUGACCCUGAUGAAGCUGAGGCCGGGUUGGAAGCCAUUUCUAGAAGUUUGAUUGAAAAUAAGGGGUCACUAGAUGUAAUAGCCAAUGAGCCAGCUCCAUUGCAAGACUUUCAGACACUAAAGAAGUGCAAGCAAGAUGAAUCAUCAAACCUUGAAGCAGACGUUGGGUCUGUAGUUGCAGAUCUCCAUGAUAAAUCUGGGGUUCCUAUGGCACCUGUUACUGAUGAAAGUGCCUCUGAAAAUCAGGAGCAUGCAGGAAGUUCUGGGAAACGAAGGCUUAGUAGAAGGGACCAAAAACCUGAAGUAGAUGGGGAAACUGAUGAAGGCAAUAGGACUCGCAAAAGAAGGAAAACCAGGUGGACUGGUGAUGAUUCUCAAUUAAAAAUACUUGGUCCUAUUCAACUACCUAGCUUCGUGAAAGACUUUGUUACAUCUGAUCUGGAUCCAGAAAUUCAGGAGUUGAAAGUGGAACUGUUUGAGAUAAAUAGCAAGUUGCAAAGACCAGAGCUUCAUGAUGACUGCCCCAAGGAAGACAGAUCUCCUUCUCCAGAGCCAGUGUAUGAUUACCUUGGUAAUAGAAAAAAUACAAGGGAUGUAAGGCUCCGUGAAAAACUCAUCAAGAAGCGUCAAUGUAUCAUUUCCAGGUUGAUUGGGAAGAACUCCACCUUUAAACCUGCUGCUGACUACAAGCCACCAAAGCUCAUUAAGAAACUCUACAUUCCGGAGAAAGAAUACCCUGAUUAUAAUUUUGUUGGUCUUAUAAUUGGUCCACGGGGAAAUACUCAAAAGAGGAUGGAGAAGGAAACUGGGGCUAAGAUUCUUUUAAGGGGUAAAGGUUACUCCUUGAAAACGCCACGCAGAACUAAAGCUUCUGAUAAUGAAGAUUUACAUGUCCGUAUAGAGGCUGAUAACCAAAAUUCCUUUGAUGCAGCUGUAAGAAUGGUUGAGAAACUACUAAUUCCAAUUGACCGUGGAAUAAAUGCUCACCAACAAGCCCAAUUAUUGGAGCUUGGCAAACUGAAUGGAGAACGAAACAAAAAUAUGUGCCGAUGCUGCUAUGACGAAGGGCAUCCACAUUAUGCCUGCCCUCACCUACAAUCUACUUUUCAAAGCUCGCUCUCUUGUGACAUUUGUGGCAGCAACAACCAUGCCACACCCUCUUGCCCUUUGAUAGCAUCAUCUCAAGGUAGCAACUCUCUGUGGGGUUCAUCUGGGCUUGAAAUUGGUUCAACCCCAGACACACAAAGCAAACCCAAUAAAGAAACCAGUGAUGCAGAUCUCUAUGUUGGUUAUCUUCCUCAAACUAUGGACGAGAAUUGUUUAGCAGAGUUGUUUGCUCCAUUCGGUAAGAUUGCUAAAACAAAAGUGAUUAAGGACCGAGCCACAGGUAUCAGUAGAGGCUAUGGCUUUGUUAAAUUUGAAAAUCCUGCUCAUGCUGCUUUGGCUUUAUCCCACAUGCAUGGGUACAAAAUUGAUGGGAAGACAUUGGCAGUAAGGGAGGGUACACGCCAAUGGGUCACAGGAUCCUCAGUUUUGAGCCCUGAUCCAAAUCACCCUGGGUCAAUAGCAGCUUCUCAAGAUGCCGUGCGUCAGACUGGUUUCCCUGUUCCACCGGGGUCAUUGCUACCGCAACAUCAAACCAUGUUUCCUGAAACUAAGAGAAUGGCUUUGCCUCCUCCUGCCACCUACCACUUGGGGCCGUUUGAUUUUUUCCCUAAAAGCAAGGGAUUGGGUUUUCCUCCUGUGUACAGCAUCUUGAACUCGCAGGGUAGAAGUGGCUUCGAAUAUGGUUACAUUGCUACCCAAGUUCCAUUCUCGUCACCUAGUUCACUUUUACAGUUUCCUGGGGAUCCUAGCUACCCUGGUUCCCAAUUUAAGUCAUAUUUUGCCACAGAGACAUCCAACCCAUCCUCAUCAUUCAAAAUCAGCCCAACCCCAGGAAGUAAUCUGAAACCUAUUCCUUGGCCAAUCACCCAUCUUACACAGUGGUGAACCUUGGAAGUUGUAGAAUCUUCAUAACUUGGUGGGCGGUUCUUCUCAGAACUGUGUUAAAGUAGUGGAUACUCAUGGUGCAGCCACCAGAGCUUCAUCUCAUUCCCUCAGUAUUGUAUAGAAUUCUAAUUCUUGGUCUUUUUUUUUUUUUUUUUGUUCCCUUUUUGUUUGCCUUUCAUGUUGCAAUCUGGUGUUGAGAUGAUGUUGUAAAUUUGUAAAACUGGAAUCGACUUAGCCUUAUAUGGCAUUUCAUU